AUGCGCGGUGUAGGUAAUGCCACACCCAACUUGGUACCCUCAGGCAGGGGGGCAGGGGGUAGAGGUAGAGGCGGCGGCGGUGGCGGCGGCCUUGGGGGCGGCCAGCAACACUGGGGAGGACCGCUGGGUCGAAUCGUGGGACAACUCAGGAGACCGGAGGGAGAGAGCGAGAGCAACGGUGGCGGUGCCGCAGCCGCGAUAGCACCGUUGGAACCGGAAGGCCGUGCUGGUGGUCGUGGGGAUUCCACGGCUAGAGGGGGCGUGUUUGGCCCCGGCAGAGGCAUUGGGCGCGGGGGCAUGGGGAUGACGAGGGGGGGCGGGGCUGCCGGUGGGGGGUACGCGAACAAGAACACCCGGCGGCAUAGCACCGGCGACACCGCGAACGGUGACGGCGGCAGCGCGAAGAAGAGGGGGCGGGGGGGUUGGAAGAAGGACUAUGAGGUGAUCGCAUCGGUGGAGAGCAAGGCUGGGGAAGCGGCGGCGGAGGCAGCAGCUGCUGGAUCGGUCGAGAACGGCGACGCUCGGUACGUCGUCUAUGAAGAGCUCCCCACAGACAUGCGUCCGCAAGUGUGCGACGUCCUCGCGUUCAAGACGCUAUCCCUCAACGAGGAGACGUGGACACCCGAGCUCUCGCCAUACCGGACCGCGGAGGUGACUGCCUUUGACACUUCCUCUGGGCUCGUACGAUUGCUUCCUGCAUCGAUCGAGGAUGACAACAAGGAUGGCGGAGGUGGCGGUAGCGGUGGUCUCGUAAACGGUUGUACGAAGGGCCACACAGCCGGCCAACAGCAACAGGGCAGCAGUAGCGGCAUUACUGAGUCCAACACCGAGGAGGGGAGGGUACCGACAAGUAAUGGGCACAACCAGGGCGGGGUUAGUGGCAACUCGAAGGGCAUGGAAGACCCAGCGGCGGUAGCAGCUAGUAAGGGUGGUGGUUCCGAUGGUCGGAAGGAAGAAGAGGAAAGCGGCAGCGCUGCGCAACAUCAGGAGGAACCCGCUGCCGCUGAGGCCUCGCCGGAACCAACAACGGACGGAGGAAACAAAGCCAGGAGUACCAGCAGCGGGAAGGUCGGCGGAGCGGAGGAAGACCGGGAGUUGCGCGAAGGCGAGGAAGAGCUCGAGUACAGCUCUCUCGCGAACGUCCGCGUCGUGCGAGGACCCUCGAUGGGCGAGCUGGAGAAGCGCAAGCAAGCCCUCCACAAGUGGAACUCCCUCGGUCCCGGGGGCGGUAUUCUAGGGGGAUCGGCGGCUGGGAACAACAACAACAAUAGCAACAAUAACAGCAACACAAGUGUUGACAGCGCUGCUGCUUCCCCGGCGUCGCUGCCCUCGGCUACCCCCAAGAAGGCUGGACGGGGAGGGAGGGGACGGGGUAGGGGAAGAGGAGGUGGAGGCGCUUGUGGUUCUGCUAGAAAGCAGGGCGGGAAGGGUAAAGGGGCGUCGCCGAAGAGCGUCGGGAAGAAGCAGGGGGCAGCACGAGGGACCCUAGCGGUCGCAGGGCUGCUUGGAAAGUGUGCGGGAAAGCUACCGACGGGUGGAGGGGGAGGGGCCGCAGGGGAGGCCACCGCUCCUUCGUCCGCGGUGUAA